GGACUGAUACCGGACGUAGUAGUGGAGGACAAGCAGAGAAAGGAGGCCGUAGCGAUAUAUCUAGCUAUAACAAGUGAUGACAAAUUCAGCUAAAGAAAUACCAAUACAGCUAAUUUUAAUGUUUUAAGUCAUAUCCUAAGAAAUUUAAUCAUUUAAUCCAUGAGUGUAACACGGUGAACAAGAUGUUUAUCAGCAAAAUACCUAAUGUGUAGUGAAAUGUAAAACAAGCAUUUUUUUUGUACCUUUAUGCGUCAUGGUAACUCGUGUUUUCUGCGGGAGGUGCCAGUGUUGCCCAUUAAAUAAUACCUACAACAAUGCAACGUGCUCACAAAAAGAAAAAAAACGCGCACUGGUGGAGCGAUGCGGGAAACUUCAGGAACGAAGCCGUGAGUGCGUCACCGUCUCAAUCCACCAACCAAGUGAUGCUAAUGUGCCCGUUCGGGCCCGAGUUUGUUUACACUGAGGCACGCACGCGCAGCUAGCAAACACUAAUCGUGUGCUAGCGUCACCUCAGCGCUGAUAUCCGUCCCAGCUAUCCGCUGAUGUUUUACGUCAAAACCGUGCCAGCCCUCAAACGGGCGAGCGCGGACAUUCACUUUAAACGGUUAGUCUUAAACCGAGCAGUCCGUUGCACCGUGACCUCCAGUUCGCCAGCCCAGACGGAGCAUGACGGUGUCAGAAGCCGCGGCGGGUCAGAGUGUCCCGGACUGUCUGGGAGAGGAGGGAGAAGGAGAGAAGGCGCCGCCGCUGCUAAUGAGAUCUCCGUAGACUUUGAGCAGACCCGGGAGGCUUACAAGAGCAAAGACUCAUUAGAGCUGCUCAGAAGUUUGGUGGUUUUCAAACUUUGUUCAUAUGACUUCCUGGUUGAUAAGAACAAAGAGAUAAUGGAUCUAGCUAAGAAGAUUCUAGGCCAGAAAAGCUUUGACCAGUUUAUGAAGAUGACAUUUUAUGGUCAGUUUGUGGCUGGUGAGGACCACAAUGAUAUCAAGCCACUGAUUCAGAAGAACCAUUCCUUCGGCGUCGGCUCUGUCCUGGACUAUAGUGUUGAGGAAGACAUCAGUCAGGAGGAAGCGGAGCGGAAAGAGAUGGACUCAUGUGUGUCUGCUGCAGAGAAAGAGAACAUAGGCAAGGACCACAGAGAGAGAAAAUAUCAAGUGCACAAACAAUUCAGCGACCGCCGUGGGGGAGUGACCGGAGCCCGCACGUAUUUCUAUGCUGACGAGGCCAAAUGUGACCAACAUAUGGAAACCUUUAUCAAAUGCAUCAAAGCGUCUGGUGGGAGUUCAAUGGAUGGUUUUUCUGCCAUCAAAAUGACUGCACUAGGACGACCUCAGUUUCUGCUCCAGUUCUCAGAGGUGCUGGUGAAAUGGCGGCGGUUUUUCACCUUCCUAGCAUCGCAGCAGGGUAAAGAUGGCUUGGAGGCCUUAGAGCAGAGGCUGGAGCUUACACAACUGCAGGAAUUCAUGACAAAACUGGGUGCAAAUGGUGACUUCUACGGCUGGUUUACAGGAAGGAAAGAGGACUCGACAGGAUGCAUUGACAUGCUUGACUGGAACAGCCUAAUAGAUGACAGAACAAAGAUAUCGGAUCUGCUUGUUGUUCCAAAUGUAGAGCUAGGUAAGCUGGAGCCUCUGCUAGGGAAGUUCACUGUAGAGGAGGAGCAACAAAUGAAGUGGAUGUUACAGCGUGUAGAUGUCUUGGCGAAGCAUGCCCUAGAGAGUGGUGUUCGUUUGAUGGUGGAUGCAGAGCAAACCUAUUUCCAGCCAGCCAUUAGCAGACUAACACUGGAGAUGCAGAGGACCUACAACAGAGAAAAGCCUGUCAUUUUCAACACCUAUCAAUGCUACCUAAAGGAGGCCUAUGACAAUGUAACUAUGGAUGUAGAAUUGUCUCGACGUGAGGGUUGGCACUUUGCUGCCAAGCUGGUGCGUGGGGCCUACAUGUAUCAGGAGCGAGAAAGGGCCAAAGAGAUUGGAUAUGAAGACCCUAUUAACCCUGACUAUGAGUCAACCAAUAGGAUGUACCACAGGUGUUUGGACUAUGUGUUGGAUGAGAUUGCACUCAACAGAAAAGCAAAUGUAAUGGUGGCUUCCCACAAUGAAGACACAGUGAAACACACCUUAACAAGAAUGAAUGAGCUGCGUCUCAUUCCCACAGAAAACAAGGUAUACUUUGGUCAGCUACUGGGCAUGUGUGAUCAAAUCAGCUUCCCACUGGGCCAGGCAGGCUUCCCUGUCUAUAAGUAUGUUCCCUAUGGACCAGUGAAUGAGGUGAUGCCCUACCUGUCUCGGAGAGCACAGGAGAACCGAGGCUUCAUGAAGGGGGCCCAGAAGGAGAGGGAACUGCUUUGGAAAGAGCUGAAACGGAGACUUGCCUCUGGAGAGCUUCUAUACAAACCAGUGUACUGAAAACAGAAGAAAAGUUUUAGUAAAGAUUAUUGAGGGUUUCUUUCUCUGGUUCUUUGGUUACUGUUCAUUAUCAUAGCUGCUUCUUCUGUCUUUUUUUUUUUUAGCACAUGUCUUGUUUUACUCUAUAUUUUGAAGGGUUUUUUUUUUACUCAUGGACUGUUUGCAUAGGUCACCAAUUUUCCUUUUUCCUACUAGUGUUUUUCAGCAUUCUGCUCUUGCAGGAUUUUAUCCACCUUCACUCCAUUCACUCCUAUUCUCCACCUCUGCAUCCAUAAGCAUUUCUCAUUUUGUCUUCCCACUGUCUGUAGAGCUCUAAUAUCCAUCAAAUGGGCAUCUUUACUGCUCCAGAAGGACUUCCUAAAAUGUCAACAAGACUGGGCUGGGCAUCUUUUUUAUUGCUCUAUUUAUUUUCAAGAAGAACGGGAAUCAUAAGAAUAACAUGCUUGAUAUAAAUGUUAGCAUUAAAUUAUAUUGGUAUAUGUACUGUAUAUGUGCUUCUCAGUACUGUAUGUUUGUUUUUGAGGUUGCACUGACAUUUUUAAAACAAUAAGUCUAUGUGUAAUGAAGAAGUAUAACUGCCUCGUCAAAGCACAUCUCUCUUCUUCGUCUUUGUUAUUAUAUUCACUAAGAGAAGUUAUAUUUUUGCCCACAGUAUGUGUUCUAUACUCAGACUAAAAUUUUCCCCAAUUUUGGUCAAUUCAUGUCCAAAUCUUGAUUUUAAAUCCAACUCUUAACUUAAUUCAGGUCAAUCCCAGAUCUCUUAACCAUCUGUCUGCUCAGUCUCAUAAGUAAUUGUUAAACAUUAUAGUUUCCUACCUAUUAAUAGUUUUCUUCCUUCCCUGUGAUUGUGGAUCUGUUUCUAUGGUUAAUAGGCUGAGUACUGAUGACAUACUGGUGGAGAAGUGAACGUUUAAAUCUGGGUCUCUGUUAUAGUGGAAUUGUUGAGGCUCUUUCUCCUUGUUUGCGGCUUGGUGAUGUGGGCAUUUUCUGUCUUGUUUCUCCAUCUUGACUGAUCUACAGCAUGCCCUUAUCCAUUUGGGGUGUCUAUAAAGCAAGCUAAAUCUUGUCUCAAGAGGCCGAAAGCCCCCUGAAUCUGGCAUUGAUAUCUGUUUUUCUGGUCUGUCUGACAGACUGGACCUCUUACAACAAAGAGACCUCCUAGCAUGUUGGAGCACUAUCUAUUACAUUAGAUGACUCUGUGCAAUUCUGAUUUUUGACCAUGUAAAUAUGUUUAAUGCAGAUUGUAUUUGUUAAAUUUGCAUCUUACCUGAUAUGCUUGUGAAAUUGCUAAAGUAUGUGAACUCAUGCAUAUUUUUUAUGUCCUUGACGGAAAUGCUAUAGCUUUGAACUGUUUGUACAGCUUGAGUUGUUUGAGGUUUUAAUUUGGUGACAUAUUCUGCUUGGUUAUUGAUGCACAAUUAGUAUUUGAGUCAGAGGGUAACCAAGCUUCAUGAUAAUUAUGGCCUUGUCAUUUUAUGAGAGCAGUCAGUGCUCUGUAGACCAUCAUUUAAUUACCCAUGAUGCUACGCUCAAUACAGAUCACAGAAAUUGGAUGCAUUAAUCAUUACUCAGAAGAAACUUUAGUGGCUGUUCAGUUUUACUGAGGCAGAGCACCGCAGAGGUGUCACUGUUGCUGUGUUCUAUCAGUUUAAUUAAGAAUCAAGUCUACUUUUGAUGUAAGAUGUGCCGUUGGGUAUACAUUUGCCAAUAAAUCCCUUCUUAUAGGGCAGUGGA